ACAUAAACAAAUCAAACUGCCGGCUGGUUAUUGUUUUUCUUCGCACGUGUAAUUUGUUCGAUUUUAUACAAUUUUUUUGGCGAACAAUGUGCGCUGCCAAGCUAGUGCAGUACGUUAUCGUAAAUGGAGAAAUUGCAAAAAGCUGGCCAAAAGGCGCUCUCAUUGCUCAGUGUUGUCAUGCCGUUGCAGCCGUCGGACACUUGUACGCUUCCGAUCCGGACACGGUAGAGUACUUUAAGGACCUGGACAAUAUGCAUAAAGUAGUGCUCGAGCAUUCGCAAAGGCUCACAACGUCCUGGGAAAAGUUCACCGGAUCACACAUCAAAUGGACACACGCUCAAUACUUCUUACACUCUGGCGUACAACGGCUUUGGUUGUGGCGUAAACAGCGCGUGCAAGAUUUGAGCGUGUGAAAGCUAUUUUCGGAUUUCGGAACGAGAAUUUCUAACACCUACACAAAAUAUGCGUCCUGAAGCUGCCCGGCUGUUGAGAAAUGAAGCAAAGAACGCCACCACUAGCCAAUAGCCAUCGUUCGCCGUCUCCCGAUGUAAAAGGGGUUAUUUUGGGAAAUCGCGAUACGAAUGCCACCGCUAGCGCACUAGGCCGGUCAGCAGCGGCGUGUUGUGUACACACUUGCAGCGAUGAAUUUAAUGGACGAGAAGUGUACACCCCGCGUCUCGGAUCGUCCGUUGUGGGAGGAUGGAUUUCAAAAGAAAUGCUCCUAUAUGUUGCUUAUUGCACUUUCCACCUUUGCUUUAUCAACAGUUUCCAUUUGCUUUCCA